AUGGGCUCUCUGCGCAUCAUCGCCAUGGCAGCGUACAUCGCUCGUCUUUGUGCUGAUGGCCCCGACUCUCUGUCACAUGCACUUCUAGAGUGUGUUGCGUACUCCCAACCGCGCCAGCGCUGGCGAAUGCAAACUCGCAGUUCGCACGCUCUGAGUUUGGAAACACCACAUGCGCAGCUACACACUGACGCGCCUUCUCUACGCUGGAGGUGGUGCUCUGGCUGGUGCCUCACCGGGUGGAAACGGCGAAGUCCGGUGAGCAAACAGAGCCGAAACAAACAAUGGCUCCUUUGGCUUCUUACUCGGUUGUUGCCGUGGUUGGCGGGCAUGGGCCGAGCUUAUCACAGUGGAACGCAGCAGGGCACUUCACUUGCGCAUCCUCGCGGCAAGCGCUUAUUCAUUUAG